CUAAUUUCUUCUAUAUAAACUCACUCAGUUAUAGUUCCUAAUCCAUUGCAAUUAAGCAACAUAAAUUAAGGUUGUCAACAUACACUUAAAAGAAAAGCAAUCUAAACCAAAGUGCAGAAUCAUGAGUCAAGAACAGCCACAGAGACCACAAGCAAAUCAGUUUCCCGAGGCAACAGAGAACCACGCUUCAGAUCCUGGUUUGGUUUUGGACAAGAAUGCUAUAACCAUUGGAGAGGCGCUGGAAACUUCUGCUUUAACUCGAGCUGGUGAUAAGCCGUUAGAUCAGAGCGAUGCUGCUGCUAUACAAGCAGCGGAAAUGAGAGCAACCGGAAAGAAUCAAACUGAGCCGGGUGGGUUGGGAGCCAUGGCUCAGUCAGCAGCAACUCGGAACACUCGUACUAUGCCUCUGCAGAAAACAACAUUGGCUGAUGUCGUAUCGGGUGCAAGGGAGAAGCUGGGAGCAGACAAGGCUGUAACACGAGAGGAUGCAGAGCGAGUGAUUGGAGCGGAGCUUAGAAACAAAGAUGACAUGAAAACUACACCGGGCGGUGUGGCUGGGUCGAUGGCAGCAGCGGCCACGCUCAAUCAAAAGACGAAGAGCGGGUGAUAUGUUGUGGAGAUGGAGAUUCCAACUUGUUAAGGUCGCAGAUCAAUCAUGAUGUCUAAACAAAACAAAUCAAUGAAAACUGAGUUUGAGUCUUAAGUGUUGUUUGUAAAACUACCUUAAAUUUAGCCCUACUGCCACUAUAUGUUUAACUUCAUUAGAUUUAGCCCUACUGUCACUUUUGUAAAGAAUGUUCAUUCCACCAUAUACACAUAAUUAGUUUGUGUGUACUUGGGCCAAUCUUCUUGGUUUAAAUAAAUAUAUGAACUUCUCAUAUUCUGUCA